GUGGUUUCCCCAGUGGCACGGUGCCCAGUGGGUUUCCUUCACUGAUCUCCACUAGUUUCCUUCCCCAAGAUAUGCCCAAGAUCUAGGUGAAUUGUAGUCAAAUCCAUAGUCGUUAAAUGUUUAAGUGUCCAGGAACCAGGCCAAUCCAGACUGACAAGCGAUCGCGUAUCACGUGAUGUUGACGCCACUGCCAGAGCCUCCCACUGCGUGACUGUUCGGUGCUGCUGUUCGGUUGAUAUUUCCUGCGACAAAUCUAUGGUGGAAGCGACGAGUCCUGUGCGUCUCGUUUCUUUUCCUUUUUUUUUAAUUCAAUGACCGGCGAGCAGGGAAAAUUACGACCCAUCAACGCUGGUGAUGAGCCGGGUCUCUACCAGGACAGCGACGAGCAGAACCUGCCUGACGUGACAUUUUCGGUCGGCUUACUAGCGAGCAACAACACAUCGCGAGAGAGCCAGCCUCUUCUUCGUCGAAUGGAGCCCGACCUGGGGACCACGUCAGAGACAUUCCCAGAUGACCCGCUGUUCGCAUCCGUGGUUCGCGAGGCUUUCAUCGCCAUCGAGGCGGCGAUCUACCCUGAGCGCAUCUACCAGGGUUCCAGCGGAAGCUACUUUGUCAAGAACAGUGAGGGGAAGAAAAUUGCAGUAUACAAACCCAAAGAUGAGGAACCGUACGGGCGACUAAAUCCCAAGUGGACAAAGUGGAUGCACAAGUUAUGCUGCCCUUGCUGCUUUGGCCGGAGUUGCCUGGUGCCCAACCAAGGCUAUCUUUCCGAAGCAGGGGCGUCGCUAGUUGACCAAAAGCUGCAGCUCAACAUUGUCCCAAAGACAAAGGUUGUGAAGCUAGUGAGCGAGACCUUCAAUUACUCUGCGCUGGACCGUGCCAAGGCCAGGACCAAAAAGAAUGUGACGGAACGGUUCCCCAAAGUGGGGCGGCACUUUAAUCGCAUCGGCCUCCCGCACAAGGUGGGCUCGUUCCAGUUGUACGUCGAGGGCUACCAGGACGCCGACUUCUGGCUGCGCAAGUUUGAAUCCGAGCCUCUCCCUCCAGAACUGCAGCGCAUGUUCCAGCUGCAGUUUGAGCGGCUCGUGGUGCUCGACUACAUCAUCCGCAACACAGAUCGGGGGAACGACAACUGGCUGAUCCGCUGCAGCAGGCCGGACAAGGAGCCGCAGACCUGGGCCCACCGGCAGCCUGAGACCCGCAUCGCAGCCAUCGACAACGGCCUGGCUUUCCCGUUCAAGCACCCGGACUCCUGGAGGGCCUACCCGUACCACUGGGCCUGGCUGCCCAUGGCCAAGGUGCCCUUCUCGGCCGAGACGAGGGACCUGGUGCUGCCCCAGCUGUCGGACAUGAACUUCGUCCAGGAGAUGUGCGACGAACUGCACGUUCUGUUCAAGAGGGACCCGGGCUUCGACGGCAACCUGUUUGAGAAGCAGAUGUCGGUCAUGCGGGGACAGAUCCUGAACCUGAACCAGGCCCUGAAGGACGGCAAGUCGCCUGUGCAGCUGGUGCAGCUGCCAGCCGUCAUUGUGGAGCGCAGCAGUCGCCGCCCGGGUGCCAGGGACCGCAUCCGCUCCCUUAAUGAUAACUUCAUCCAGAGCUUCCAGAAUAAGGCCCCUUUCUUCUCCUGGUGCUGAUAACUCUAUUUAAAUCGCUAGGUUCUUUCUGCUUCAGUUCUGUUUGGCUUUGGUGUAUUUUAACGCGUGUUGGCAACUGCUGCCUACUAGUCAGUUCCAAUAAAGUCCCUCCGAGUGCGGUGAA